AACAACCUAAUCAACAUGCGUGAAUGUAUCUCAGUCCAUGUCGGUCAGGCCGGAGUCCAGAUGGGCAAUGCCUGCUGGGAGUUGUACUGCCUGGAGCACGGCAUCCAGCCUGAUGGUCAGAUGCCCAGUGACAAGACCAUCGGAGGUGGAGACGACUCCUUCAACACCUUCUUCAGUGAGACCGGUUCCGGCAAGCAUGUUCCACGUUGUGUCUUUGUUGACUUGGAGCCCACUGUUGUUGAUGAGGUCCGUACCGGAACCUACCGCCAGCUCUUCCACCCUGAGCAGCUGAUCACAGGCAAAGAGGAUGCCGCCAACAACUACGCCAGAGGUCACUACACCGUCGGCAAGGAGCUCAUCGAUGUUGUCCUAGACAGAGUCCGCAAGCUGUCUGAUCAGUGCACCGGUCUUCAGGGCUUCCUCAUCUUCCACAGCUUCGGCGGUGGUACCGGCUCUGGCUUCACAUCCCUGUUGAUGGAGCGUCUCUCCGUCGACUACGGCAAGAAGUCCAAGCUUGAGUUUGCUGUCUACCCUGCCCCACAGAUCUCCACAGCUGUUGUAGAGCCUUACAACUCCAUCCUCACCACUCACACCACCCUUGAGCACUCCGACUGUGCCUUCAUGGUCGACAACGAGGCAAUCUACGACAUCUGCCGUCGCAACCUCGACAUCGAGAGACCGACCUACACUAACCUUAACCGUCUCAUUGGUCAGAUCGUGUCCUCCAUCACUGCCUCACUUCGCUUUGAUGGUGCCCUCAACGUCGACUUGACAGAGUUCCAGACCAACCUGGUUCCCUACCCACGUAUUCACUUUCCUCUUGCCACCUAUGCACCAGUCAUCUCCGCUGAGAAGGCCUACCAUGAACAGAUGUCUGUUGCAGAGAUCACCAAUGCCUGCUUCGAGCCGGCCAACCAGAUGGUGAAGUGCGAUCCCCGUCACGGCAAGUACAUGGCUUGCUGCCUCCUGUACCGUGGUGAUGUCGUCCCCAAGGAUGUCAACGCUGCCAUCGCAGCCAUCAAGACCAAGCGUACCAUCCAGUUCGUCGACUGGUGUCCAACUGGCUUCAAGGUGGGCAUCAACUACCAGCCACCCACCGUGGUGCCUGGUGGCGAUCUGGCCAAGGUGCGGCGUGCCGUCUGCAUGCUGAGCAACACCACUGCCAUCGCUGAGGCCUGGGCUCGUCUGGAUCACAAGUUUGAUCUGAUGUACGCCAAGCGUGCCUUCGUCCACUGGUACGUAGGAGAGGGUAUGGAGGAGGGUGAGUUCUCUGAGGCUCGUGAGGAUCUGGCUGCCCUGGAGAAGGACUACGAGGAGGUUGGACUCGACUCUGCUGACGAUGACGGGGAGGAAGACGGCGAGGAAUACUAGAUACAUUCCAAACAAUACAUACAUUGCAAACCUCAACCCAAACAAACAUACAUUUCUAGAAGUUAUUUUCCCAAUGAAAAAACAAAUUUACGCAAUCGGAAUAUUGAAGAGUCAUUGGAGAGGUAGCUUUGUUUUGUUAUAUCCAAAGGUAUCAUAAUAUAGGAUUGGAUAUUAAGGGUGAAUACAUAAUUAACGUUAGUCUGAAAAAAGUUUACUGAUUAUGAUUCUGUUAGUCUGAAAUAAGUUUACUGGUUU